CAGUCAAUGUCAUGUCAUGUCAGUGAUUUCCUUAGAUAAGUAAACAGCCAAGAAUAAUGUUUAUCGAUGUUUUCUUUUGAUAUUUAUACGUAGUACUAAUACUUCUAUCAAAAUGGAUCAAAGUAAUCGCCAAAGGAGAAAUGAUUUAGAUAUAGAUAGCUUUCGGAGUGACGAACCAGGAUUUGACAGAGCUCGAAUGAGAAGACAGUCUGGUGGCUUCGUGGAUUUAGGCAAUGAAUCACAAUAUGGCUCAGGUGGACAUCAAGCUUCAGGAGCUAAUGAAAUUUUUGCAGAUAUACAGGGUGAUGUACCGUGGUGGAAAUCAAACUUUUUUAUAUCCCAGCCUGUGCUUUUUGGUACUUGGGAUGGAGUAUUUACAUCAUGCCUUAUAAAUAUUUUUGGAGUUAUUGUAUUUCUAAGAUCUGGAUGGAUUGUUGGACAAGCAGGCUUGGUCAAUGCAAUAUUUAUAGUACUUUUUACAGUUUUUGUAGCUUUGAUCUCAGUGUUGUCUGCAGUGGGAAUCUGUGAAAGAUGCAGAAUAGAAAGUGGUGGUGUGUACUUUUUGCUGGCACACACGUUAGGUUCCCGAAUGGGAGGAGCUCUUGGCAUGAUAUACUGUUUUGGUCAGGCUGUAGGUUGUGCCUUAAACGUUUUUGGUUUUGGUGAAUCUAUGGCUGGAUUUGUAGUCGAAGAUCCACUCAGUGAUACCCACAAAUGGGCCUCCAGAGGGUUUGCCAUAGCUGCGGUAUUGCUGCUUGGCACCAUUAAUGUAGCUGGAGUGAAAUGGGUGGUCAAAUUACAAUUUGCACUGUUAAUGAUCAUCAUGUUAGCUGCACUUGACUUCUUUGUUGGAUCAUUCACAACAGUACCUACAGAUGAAAAACUUCAGCUAGAAUUUAAAGGGUGGCUCAGUGGAGUAGCAGCAAAUAAUACAUGGCCCGCUUACCAAGAUGGUUACACUUGGUUCAAAUGCUUUGGAGUUUUCUUCCCCACCAUCACUGGUAUAUUAGCAGGAAUCAACAUGAGUGGAGAUUUGAAAAAUCCCUCUGUAAAUAUACCCAAUGGCUCUUUAGCAGCUAUUGGCACUGGGACAUUUUUAUAUUUAAUGUUUAUAAUAACUCUAGCAGCGACUGUGACCAGGGAGGGUUUGCUUCAAAACCUGUCCAUUACAGCAGAUAUAUCGGCUGUGACUGUUCUAUUACUAGCUGGUCUCUAUGUCAGUUCAAUGAGUUCGUGUCUGGGUGCCAUGUAUGGCACACCCAGGGUUUUACAAAGCAUUGCGAAUGAGAAAGUCAUUCCAGGACUGGAAUUUCUUGGAAAUGGGAGAGGGCCCAACAAAGUGCCAAUAUACUCAAUGGUGGUAGUAGCUGUGGUGACUGUAACAUUCAUCAUCAUUGGAGACAUCAAUCAACUUGCACCCAUUGUCACUAUGCCGUUUCUAAUCACUUAUGCUUGCAUUGAUUAUUCCUAUUUUGCUCUCGCUCAGACUUUUGAUUUGCAACAUAGACGCGAAAUGAGAUAUCAAGGUAGUUCCCAACGAGACACCCAAGUUUACGGGGCUACUGGCAGCGACCUUGAUUUGUUAUUCCCGGAAAGAAUCAGGCAUAAGAAUGUUGGGGAUUUCACACCAUCGCCGACUGAUUCCGCCAUCAUGAAUGGACGAACGUCUAACGGAGAUGUUCGACGGCCGAGCAUUAGCGUUCAUUCUAAAAACAAGAACUGGUACUCGCAUCUAUGUAAUAGAUGGUUGUCCUUGGUUGGGGUAGGAAUUAAAUUACUGCUCAUGUUCCUCGUACACUGGGGCUAUGCCCUUGGUUGCCUCAGUAUCUUGUGGUUGUUCUGGCUUUACAUUGGUGCGGCUAAUCCUGCCCUAAAGCCUGGACGCGCCUCAGAGUUCCGUUUUUUCCACUGGCUGAAGAUUUCUUUCCUACAGUUAAUUGGAAAACGGCCUUUAGAGUAUGAACAGUUGGUUGUGACGCCGGUGCAUGGAGAUAUAUCCGUAGAACAGGAAAGAUUGAACGACGACAACGAGGACUUUGCUUCUCGACGGCGGUACCACCAGUCUACUGCAUUACAAAGCCAUCUCGUCAAUGUCGACAGUUAAAUUAUGUUCUUCGAAAUAUAAGACAUAAUGAAAAUAACCAUGUAAACUUAUCAAUAUCUGACGUUAAACGCAAAAAUGAUCAAUUACAUCACAGCAUCUCCUUUGGUUAAGCUAUCUUGAAUCAAUAUUGAUUUAUUAAGCACAGUUAUUAUAAAAACAAAACCACAUUAACCUUUUACAAUGCUAUGGAUACGUCAUAGAAUAUAGGAUUUGUUAUUCUGUGAUCUUUUUAUUCUCGCAUUUAUUUUUCGUCUUUUUAUACAUUUAAAAGUUUAUAAUUUUUAAAGUCAAAGUACAUGUAAAUUAUUAAAUCAGAAAUAGUAAUUUUAAUUUUGAAACGUAUUUAGGUAUUUCUGAUAGUAACUAAAUUAAUUUACAUAAAAAGUAUUAUAGGUACAUAUAUUUCUUAUAACUAACAACUGAAAAACAUGCAAAUAAAACUUAACAAUUGUAAGCUUUGGCUAAUUUAUACAAGUUUGGACUGAUUUUGAAUGAAUGUACAUAAUAUAUACUUAUUUGUCUUCAGUAAAUGUGUAAUAUACCUAUUAAGAAUUAACAUUAAGAUAUUAAUAAUAAAUUAUAUAUUUCAUGCAUAACUUUUUUAAUGUGAAAACGAAUUAGAAAUUGAAAUAAAUUAUUUUUUUAUAUUG